CUGACAGCCUUAUAAAUAGUGGCCUUGGCCGGGCGGCGGCGAGGACGGGCAGGGCACGCACCGGCGCCCGCGCCCACCCGCACCGCACCGCACCCUCCCCCAGAGUGCUAACGCGGGCUGUCCCCUAGAGGACCAGAUUCCAGCAAGAUGGAAGAUAAGCUGAAGAAAACCAAGAUCAUCUUUGUGGUGGGUGGGCCCGGCUCAGGCAAAGGCACCCAGUGUGAGAAGAUAGUACAGAAGUAUGGCUACACCCACCUUUCCACCGGGGACCUGCUGCGGGCCGAGGUCAGUUCAGGCUCCGACCGGGGCAAGACGCUGUCAGCGAUCAUGGAGAAGGGCCAGUUGGUGCCACUGGAUACGGUGCUGGAAAUGCUCCGAGAAGCCAUGAUUGCCAAGUUAGACACUUCCAAAGGCUUCCUGAUUGAUGGCUACCCACGGGAGGUGAAGCAGGGGGAAGAAUUUGAACAGAAGAUCGGAGCCCCCACCCUGCUGCUAUACGUGGAUGCAGGCGCUGAGACCAUGACCAAGCGGCUCCUGAAACGCGGGGAGACCAGCGGGCGAGUGGAUGACAACGAGGAGACCAUCAAGAAGCGCCUGGAGACCUACUACCAGGCCACAGAGCCCGUGAUCACACACUACAAGGAUAGGGGCAUCGUGCGCAAGAUCAAUGCUGAGGGUUCCCCUGAUGACGUCUUCAAGGAGAUCUGCACCCACCUGGACCAGCUCAAGUAGGCGGUGGCGGCCCCCCAGUUCUGAGCCCUGGCCCGCCCCACCGUGCCCCGCCCGCGCCUGGCCGGCCUCCACCCCAGCCACUGGAACAGACAGAGGAAGCGACUUCAUCCUGUUUUCAUGGACAGCCCAGCGGCACUAAAGGAAUUUCAAGGACA